AUGUCGCAGAAUAAGCAGUGGAACGUUCUCUGCUGGAACGUGCGCAGGAUCAACUCUGAAAAGAAGCAGUUGGCGAUUCAUAAUGAUAUCGAUAUUAGUGGGUGUUCAGUGGUUUGUUUACAAGAUACUAAGCGCGACUCUUUUGAUGCUUCGUUUGUUAAGCAGUUCUGUCCAAAAAAAAUUGAUAUGUUCGAAUUUGUGCCCUCUGUUGGGAAUUCUGAUGGUCUUAUUACUGUGUGGAUGAGCUCGGUUUUCACUGGUGUUCCAAUUUUCUCUGAAUCCUUUGCGCUCGGCGUCAGGCUCACUUCGGCGCGGUCUAACGAUUCAUGGAUGAAAAUCUCCAAGCUUUCGAUGCUCAUCGACAAUUGCAACAAGACCCUCUUGGAGAUUGACGGCCUAGAGGAGAGGAGAAGAUUGUCUGCUCCUGAGACCAACUUCAGAUUGAUCCUGAAACAACAUCUUCUUUAUUUGUUGGACUGCAAGAAAGCUUAUUGGAAGAAGCGUGCACGAUUACCCGACAACUCGGUCAUACAUGAUCACGUGGGCAAGGAGGCUGUGCUCUUUCAGGCGUUUAAGGAACGACUAGGGUGUUCCAACCAGACCGACAUGAAAUUUGACUUGGCUCGGAUCAUCAAAAAGGUAGAAGGGCUUCAAGCUCUGUCUGCUCCUUUCACCCACGACGAAAUUGACAAGGUGAUCAAAGAGAUGUCGGCCGAUCGUGCUCCAGGCCCGGAUGGUUUCAGUGGUAGUUUCAUCAAGUCGUGCUGGCAUAUCAUUAAGGAUGAUUUCUAUCAGCUUUGCUUUGAGUUUCAUGCAGGUACUCUGGACCUUGAGAGCCUGAACACGAGAUUUAUCACUCUUAUCCCUAAAAUCCAAUCGCCGGAAACAGCUAAUGACUAUCGACCAAUUACUCUGUUGAACUGUUGCCUCAAGAUCCUGACCAAGCUCCUCGCUAACCGUUUACAACAAGUCAUCCUCAAGAUUAUCCAUCGAAAUCAAUAUGGGUUUCUGAAAGGCCGAUCGAUUCAAGACUGUGUUGCUUGGGCGUACAAAUUCAUUCAUCAGUGUCAAGCCUCGGGGCGUGAGAUCGCGAUCUUGAAGCUGGAUUUCGCUAAAGCCUUUGACAUGAUCGAACAUGCCUCGAUGAUGGAGAUUAUGAAGUGCAUGGGAUUUGAUGAUCGGUGGCUUGGGUGGAUCAAAUGCUUGUUUUCGACGGCCAAGUCCUCGAUUCUACUCCAUGGGACCCCAGGCAGACAAUUCUUCUGCUUGCAUGGCGUGCGACAAGGAGACCCACUGUCUCCUCUUAUUUUUGUGCUCGCAGCCGAUCUGUUGCAAGCUACCAUCAAUGACGCUUACAGAGCGGGGGAUCUCCAGCUGCCCAUGCCCGCCCGAGAGGGUGAUUACCCUGUGAUCCAGUACGCCGACGACACAAUCCUUGUGAUGCCCGCUGAUGAGAUCCAAGCUGAAACCAUCAAGUCCAUCCUACAAGACUACGCGUCGUCAGUGGGGCUGCGCAUUAACUUCCAGAAAUCAACUCUUAUUACAGCCAACACAGCCGCGAACACCACCUCGCAUCUGGCGCAGGUUUUUGGAUGCUCCAUUGGGUCCAUGCCGUUUACAUAUCUAGGGUUGCCCAUGGGAACGGCCAGGCCAACAGUCGCAAACCUCAUGCCACUGGUAUCGUCUGUUGAGCGCAAACUCUCUAUGGCAGCCUCUCUGCUUGACCUUGGUUCGAAGCUUACUCUGGUGAACUCGAACACGAAUGAUGGCUUGAAAGCAGUCUCCAUGGCAUCUUGGGAUUUAGUUUGCAGGCCCAAGCACAAGGGAGGACUCGGGGUGCUUGACCUGAAGAUCCAAAACCAGGGCCUGCUGCUUAAACAACCGCACACAUUCUAUAACCGCAUGGGCAUUCCGUGGGUUGAUCUUGUUUGGAACACAUACUAUGACGGCUUGGUCCCGCAUGCCUCGGGUCCGUGUGGGUCGUUCUGGUGGAAGGAUGUCAUGAACCUGGCGCCUACCUACAGAGCAGUCACUUCGGUUGAGGUGGGAGAUGGGAGCUCAACCUUGUUUUGGAAAGAUGCCUGGCAUGGUGAUAUACUGGCUGAUAGUCACCCCCGUCUUUUCUCCUUCGCUAAACACGAAGACAUAUCUGUCAGAGUGCUCCUGACGUUGCCUACGCUCGGACAAAACUUCUACUUGCCGCUUUCGGUUCAGGCUAGAGAUGAGCUCGAUGAUCUACAAACCUCCUUGGCUUCGCUGGAGCUCACGGAGGUGAAUGAUGCCUGGCACACGGUCUGGGGAUCGGAGGAGCUCGCCUCCAGUAAGUUCUAUCUGCACUGUUUUCGGGACAUGGAAGCGGAUGAUGUGUUUAAAUGGAUCUGGAAAGCAAAGUGCACCAACAAAUGGAAGGUUUUUGCUUGGCUGCUUCUUGCGGAUAGGCUGAACACUCGGGGGCUGCUCAAGAGGAAACACAUGAAGCUGAGGGAUGAUAACUAUGCAUGCCUGCUAUGUCACCAGCCACCCGAGGAAACGGUGGAACAUCUGUUCUUUCACUGUGAAUUCAGUAAAACAUGUUGGGGGAAGCUGGGGAUUGCAUGGCCAAUGCAUGGCAACCGGGUGCAAUUUUUGCAUGCAGCUAAAAAUACGUGGGUCGGGCCAAUGUUCAUGGAUGUCUUUAUCGUAGCCUCCUGGAGCAUAUGGAAGGAACGUAACAAUAAGCUGUUUAGAAGUGUGGCGCCGACCGUCGAUGGGUGGAGCCAGAGAUUCAAAGGGGACUUUGGCAUGAUGAGACACAGGAUCAAAGAGGCCUUAGUGCCAUUUGUUGAUCAGAUAGUUGAUCUGAUCUAG